AUGCAUCGUCUUUUUGCUGAGCUGGAGCCAUCUUUAAUCGUCACAGAGCAAAACCUGGCAGACCGAGUUCGGUAUAUCUUGCGCUCAAAUAUAUUUGAUGUCGCCGAACUCGAACGGCUACGACGUGAGGCUGUUCCCUCGUCGGAUGAGAAUGCUACGGCUGAGGAUGCGGCGCCACAAAUGGUAGAACAACCCGCAAACGUGGAUGCCGCCGUGAAUACCCCAGUUGUGGUUGAUUCAAACGAUGAUGGAACAGUCGCCCAGGAACUGGAAUUAGAGCAUAUGAGGAGUAUAUUGGAAGAGGCGAUUGUGGAAACGCGCAGUACGCCUCUCGAAAAUCGACCGCGACUUCCCCGCAUAGCCCUAAGCAAGCGGAAUCGGGCUGUCGUGAGGGCUCUGAACCCAAUGCUGGUUACCUAUUUGGAAGCCAGCCGGGACCUUUGCGAGACGGACUCAAUUCUUUUUGGCGCCGCGCUGGCAGUCUGCCGUAUCAUAGGCGCCAAGGUUUCCACGGCUGGACGCGCUACUGGCCAUAGUAGCGCUAUCCCAGCAUGGAGAAGAAGAAUUGAGGAACGUAUCGCAAAGGCUAGAGCUCUCAUCGGCAGACUGAUAUGCUUCAGAUCAGGCAACAACAGGCCAAGAAUUGUGCGCACCGUCAGGAUGGCGUUUGCUGGGACAAAUGUCAGUUUGUCCCAGCCGGAUAUAACGCAAAAACUGACGGAGCGCAUAGAUGAUCUGAAGCAGAGAAUCGCUGCUUGGGGAAAGCGGAUUCGGCGAUAUACCGAGAGGUCGACACGGUUCAACCAGAAUCGUCUCUUCCAGAGUGAUCAGAAGAGGCUCUAUGAAUCAUUGGAGCGACCAAUGGUAAGUGGAACGGGUCCAGCACCGGAUCAGGCCGACACUGUAGCAUUCUGGCGCGGCCUGCGGUCAGAGCCCGUAAACCACAGCGAGGGCCCUUGGACGGAAGUUGUGGCGAGUCAGUGUGCGGGUAUUACGCCCAUGGACCCCGUCAUCAUAACGCCGGAUGACGUAGCUGAGGCGGUUCGUAGGGCCCCGAACUGGAAAAGUCCGGGGCUUGACGGGCUGCAUCACUACUGGCUGAAGGGGUUCAUGGGCGAAAGGGGAAGAAACUGCGGGGAUAGCGUAUCGGGUCGGAUGCAUUGCUUUUUUGCUGAGCUGGAGCCGUCUAUUCCCGUCACGGAACAAAACCUGGCAGAUCGAGUUCGGUACAUCAUGCACUCGAAAAUAUUCAAUGAUGCCGAGCUCGAACGACUACGACGUGAGGCCAUUCCCUCAUCGAAUGAAUUGGCUACAGCUGGGGAUGAGGAUCCUCAGGCGACAGACCAGCUGCCACGCGUAGAAGCCGCCAUGGAUCUUCCAGUUGUGGUUGAUUCAGACGAUGAUGAAAUGGUCUCCCACGAACUAGAGCAAAUGAGGAGUAUAUUGGAAGAGGCGAUUUUGGAAACGCGCAGCACGCCUCUCGAAAAUCGACCGCGACUUCCCCGCAUACCCCUAAGCAAGCGAGAUCGGGCUGUCGUGAGGGCUCUUAAGCUUAACCCAAUGCUGGUAACCUAUUUGGAAGCCAGCCGGGACCUUUGCGAGACGGACUCAGUUCUUUUUGGCGCCGCAGUGGCAACUUGCCGUAUUAUUGGCGCCAAACUUCCCAUGACUGGACGCGCUACUAAACAAAGUAGCGCCGUCCCAUCCUGGAGAAAAAGAAUUGAGGACCGUAUCGUAAAGGGAAGGGCCCUUAUCGGCAGACUGAUAAGCUUCAGGUCGGGUAAUAAUAGACCGAGGGUUGUGCGCACCGUUAGAAUGGCGUUUGCUGGGACAAAUAUCAGUUUGUCCCAGCCGGAUAUCACGCAGAAACUAACGGAGCGCAUAGACGACCUGAAGCAAAAGAUUGCUGCUUGGGGGAAGCGGAUUCGCCGAUUUACCGAGAGGUCAAGGCGGUUCAACCAGAAUCGUCUCUUCCAGAGUGAUCAGAAGAGGCUCUACAAAUCAUUGGAGCGACCAGAGGUAUGUGGAGCGGGCCCAGGACCGGACCAGGCUAACACUAUCGCAUUUUGGCGUGGCCUGUGGUCAGAGCCCGUAAACUACAGCGACGGCCCUUGGACGGAAGUUGUGGCGAGUCAGUGUGCGAGUAUUACGCCCAUGAACCCCGUCAUCAUAACGCCGGAUGACGUAACUGAGGCGGUCCGUGGAGCCCCGAACUGGAAAAGUCCGGGACUCGACGGACUGCAUCACUACUGGCUGAAGGGGUUCAUGGUGUGUCACGCUGUGCUCGCCCGUCAGUUUCAAGAGACUCUCAACCAGAAGUCGCUCUCUAGCCUCUUCACUACUGGGAUCACUCAUUUGGUUCCUAAAGACCAGAACUAA